CCCCACUCAACACACAUCGCACACCUGUCCUUCUUGCACCAACGCCUGCCAUCAUGCCGCACCCCAGAAAGCGCUCCAAGAAACUUUACGAUGUCCCCGACGAAUCUUCCAUAGCAGUGCAGCCUUCCUCGAGCCGACUCAUGCAGCUUCCGGGCGAAUUGCGCAAUCAAAUCUACGACCAUCUUUUCAGCUCAACCACGUUAACGAUUCACAAGCGACUUUGGGGGGAGCAGAAGGAAGGCCUAGCGAUACUCCGUACUUGCAGUCAGAUCAAUCGAGAGGCCGCACCUCUAUGGCCCGGUCUAGCGCUGUUUGAUUUCCCGAUCCGUCGCCUUCGUAUGCCAGGGUACGAUUUGAUGCUCAAGCCAGUUCAUUACGUCGACGGCGCGUACGAGAGGAACGAAAACGCAGUGUACUAUAAGCCCGCUAUGGUGCUCAAGCUUCUUCCAGGACUACGUCUAGAUGUUCUUACUAUGAGAACUACUGUAGAUCAAAGUUCUGAUGGCGCUAGCGCCUACGCAGCUCUCAGCGGCCUGAUCGAGAAUGGAAACGGCUGGAAAGAGCUUCAUUACAUCGCCAGCUAUUCCGACAUGCUCGGUUUCAAGACAUGCCAGUUGUGGGACCAGGACAUGUAUAGGCGCAAGCCUCAGCCGAGCAAUUGGAGCAGCAUCCUAUCCGAACGCGACGGUGCAGACUCCAAGCCUACUGUGACAAUCUACCGCUCGACUCAGCCCGACACACCUGGAUCUGUCACGGAGUUGGCCACUCAUGAGCUCUUCGAGCAAGAGAUACCUUUGGAGGAAGAUUAUCCAAGGUUUGGGUUGCAGGCGGACAAUGCGCUUUUGGCCGAUAAGAAGGAAAUGCUGGUGAUAGUGAAGCGUGGCAAAGGCGUCGACAUUAUGGAAAGAUCAGAGCCUCCGUUUGGAUUAGAUGACAUUCGGGAAUGGGCGCAAGGCAUGACAUGGGCGGAGAUAAACUACCACUCUCUCGGUCGGGGUGAGCUUGACGCUCUCAACGAGUAAUCGCACGACGGCUGUUCUUCCAAUAAAGAUAAAGAUUCGGAGGAUGGUCAUGACAGCUCGGGGUAAAAUACUCUCGGUAUACGCUUUGCGGGUUAAGUUUAAGACAGUAAGGAACUCACUUAUGGUGAGGAACUGUAGUUACAACCACACUCCCCUUCGCUCCUUCGUCCACAGCCAUCUUUA